AUGGCCUCCCUUCCCAAGAGUGAGUUCUGGGCAUGCGGUUACCAGUUCCGCUUCUUCUAUUUCAUUUUCUCCACCUGUAGUAUCCUAACAAGAUCCGGUAGUGGUCCAGGGUCGGUAAGUACUGGUAGCAGGUGGCUGGCCCCCACUCUUGCAGCUGCUGUUCUUCUGGGGCCUCUUCAUUCGUAUCAUCUGCUGGACGUGCAGACUCGUCGGCAAGUGGGUCAUCAGCGCCUGAGGACACAUAACAACGAAGCAGAUCGAAUGCGCAUGAAAAGCGGCAAUCAAAAGAGGAGGACUACUCAGAUGGUGUUCAGUGUGUCAGUGCAUCAUAGCGAGGAUAGGGAAUUCCUCCUGCUGUUGCUGUGGCGGCUGGAUGCUCUAUGGUCGCUAUUGUUGCCGUCACAGGACGCCAACAGCUGCUGUCCGGAACUCCCAAUGUAUUUUGAAAUCUUGCUUCUCAAGUCGUACGCUUCCUCAAUGCGCCCGAGUCCUCAAUAAAAAGAGCAUCGCAGCACCGAAUGAAAGCAUCGCAUCUGUAUUGCGACAACCAAGCCAAUCCAUUAAAACGCACGCAAUGCCCCUCCCUUGCAACAGCAUGCAGGGAGAUCGCAAAACCAACUCGAGUAAUGCAACAGAGUUUGUACACGUCCGUCCAGCACUGCCUCCCAACAUGUCUAGUAAUUUUAUGAACGGGUGGUACUCGCAUGAAUAACCCGUCAUAUGCCACACUUCCCUUUCCGGAUGGAUCACCACGGACACAUCAUCGAGACUAGAGAGUCACAUGCUACUACGUGCUACAAACCUUCUACAGUUGUAGUGGUAGAUUCGGUUUGCAGCGAGCCUCCGGUCAGUGGUCUCAAAAAAUAACCAUCUCCUCUCCGACCAAUGAAUCCCCACUGCUCUUUCCACCACGGCCAUCACGGCGGGACAGGCUUCUGUUAGCUGGAACAAUGUAUCAAACAAGCGCCAAGUGUCGCACCUUGACUGCCCUGAG